AAUUAGUAUCAAGUUACAAAAGCCAGAAGAUCCAGUUUUCACUUGCUCAGCCAACAAGUCUUGAGUGCUCUUCCCGCGUAAAUGGGAGCUUCCUGGGAACUGUGAACACAUGGAGGACCUGAAUUCCAGUUUUCCUGAGUUCUAUCAACCUCCAGAGGAUCAGUGGGACUUGAUCUGAAGGCUGGCCAUGACAACUCAAGGUCAAGGUCUGGACACCAGUUUGGAGGAAAAUUGUAGCAUGGAUUUUCGCCGGAAGCUUCUGAAGAUUAACGAAUACCUGGGGGCCAAAGAUGUGGAGGCCCUAAAGUUUCUCUGCCGAGACUUGCUCUCCCACAAGAAGCUGGAGAAGUCUGGCUCAGCCUUGGAGAUUUUUGAGCAGCUCCUGGCAGAGGAGCAUCUGAGUGAGGAAGACCCUUUCUUCCUGGCGGAGCUCCUCUAUAUCAUCAGGCAGAAGUCACUGCUGCGGCACCUCCAGUACUUCAAAGAGCAAGUACAGAACUUGCUGCCCGUCCGGAGGAGGGUCUCUCUGUUCAGAAACCUGCUCUAUGAACUGUCAGAAGACAUCGACUCUGAGAGGUUAAGGAGCAUGAUCUUCCUUCUGCCGAACGUGUUUCCAAAAACUGAGAUGACCUCUCUAAGUUUCCUGGCACAUCUAGAGAAACAAGAUCUAAUAGGUGAGGAUAAUCUGACGACACUGGAGGAUCUCUGCAAAAUUGUUGCACCUAACCUUCUGAAAAAGAUAGAGAAAUAUAAAACAGAGAAAAUCUCCCAGGUAGUGACACCUCCUGUAGAGAAGGAAACUGAGGCAUUGCAUCAAGAAGAGGAAAAGCUGCUUUCCCUUUUAGGCAAUAUGCAAGUCCAUGGAACCUCACAGAAGGAGCCCUGGCAAAAUGAACAUGAAAGAAGGAGUAAUGGUGACAGAGCCACAAAUGGUGCACCAAUCCCGAGUUCCAUGGAGAUGUUGAGAGCAUCGGCUGAUAUCAGAAAUGCGGCAACCAGUACAAAGGAGGCAGCUGUGUAUAGGAUGAAUCGGAAACACAGAGGUCACUGUGUCAUUGUGAACAACCACACCUUUACCUCGAUGAAAGCCAGACCAGGGACUCAUAAAGAUGCUGAGAGUCUCAAGUGUGUGUUUCAGUGGCUUGGGUUUGCAGUACGGAUAUACGAUGAUGUGACUAAAGGAGGCCUGGAGGAGGCUCUGCAAGAAUAUAAGAGUCAUUCAGGCCACGCUGACGGGGACUGCUUCGUGUGCUGUAUCCUGACCCAUGGGAAGUUUGGAGCUGUCUACUCCGCAGACGGGGCCCUCAUUCCCAUUCGGGACAUCAUGUCUCACUUCACAGCCCAGCAGUGCCCUGGUCUGGCUCACAAACCCAAACUCUUUUUCAUCCAGGCCUGUCAAGGUGAUGAGAUACAACCUUCUGUAACCAUUGAAGCAGAUGCUCUGAAUCCUGAGAAGGUACCCUCUGCCCCCAGGGAGGUGAACCUGCGGGAGAGCAUUCCAGUUGAGGCUGAUUUCCUGCUUGGCUUGGCCACCGUCCCAGGCUACGUAUCCUUUCGGCACUUGGAGAAAGGCAGCUGGUAUAUUCAGUCUCUGUGUAAUCAUCUGAAGGACUUGGUCCCAAGACAUGAAGACAUCUUAUCUAUCCUCACUGCUGUCAAUAAUGAUGUGAGCCGGCAAGCAGGCAAAGAUGGGACAAAGAAACAGAUGCCCCAACCUGCUUUCACACUACGGAAAAAACUAUAUUCCCUGUGCCACAGGAAGCACUUUCCCUAUAGUAGAGUUGUCAUGGACUCUUAGACUUGAAAGGAACCUUGGAAAUCUCCUCCAAUCCCACUAGCAUAGACAUCAGUAACUAAUGGUGAGCUGGUCUCUGACUGUCAUUCUAGUAACAGGAAAUGCCCUGUUUGCCAACAUAGCGAAUUCUUUUUUUUUUUCCCAAAUCUGAAUGUUGGAUAACUUUAUUUAUUGAAGACUUGGAUUGUAGCCUUGGUUUUAGUCGUGCACUCAGAAGAAUGUCAUUGUACUAUUCUGGGCCUUGGUUUGUUCAUCUGUGAAAUGAAAUGGGGGACCAGGUAGACUUUAAGGUUCCUCCUAGCUCUAAAAACUAUUGCGACUGACUGUGUCUAGUCAUGAUUUCCUUUCUGUUCUAACCAUCCAUUGGUUAUAAUUCUAUGUCCCCAUCUGCCUGGCUUUGAUGUGGACAUUGGACAACAAGAUCACGGCCUGCCAACCCUCCCUCUGCUCUUUCCCUUCUGAAGGAUUCUCUUCUGCGCAUCUACGGAGGUGAAAACUCAGGCUAUACCACGCUAUUUCCAGCUUCAGUGUAAGAAAGGUGUUUUGCAAGAACUUCUUUUCUUGAGCUGGGGACAGGCUUAGCUCUAGGAAGAUGAUAGUUCAGGGUGAAGAGAAAAGCCACUCUGGGAGCAGAAACUUUACCAUCUGAUACCGAAUUCUGUGCGGAUUGGAACCUUUCAGUUGCUGGUCUGGCAGAACAUCCAAUUCCACUGACUAAAGCAAAGAAGAGAAUUUAUUGCCUCCUUCACUUGAAAACCUGUGCGCCCUUAGGACUGGCUUUAGGGCGAGGCUUGAGUCAGGACUCAGUCUACAAGACAUCAUCUUUCUCUUGGCCAAGCGUUCUUGGGCUUUAGCUGCACUGUGCAGAUGUGCAGCCAACAGCCUCCACUUCGUCACUAAUACACUUAACUCCUCUGGCCCCAAAACAGGAGAGAGGGAGCCUCAGGGAUUGAAGCUGUUCGCAGGGAUCGUUGCUCUCUCCUCUUAUCCAGAAGAGCAUCUGGCUAUAGCUUGUGGCCUGGGUGGCUCUGUACGGAAGCCUUGAUAGUCUUUACAUUAAGGUGUUGAACAUUUUAUGUAACUGACUUUUUUUUUUUUCCAAUUUCAAGAGAAACUUUUUUUUUUUAAUUUCUGGAACAG